UUGGAUAUUGCUUAUACAGUCAUUUGCCAGAUUUAUGGAGGAGACCUCAGAUGAUGGAAGUCACGUAGAAGAACUGUUUUCCUAUUUUAAAGCUAGAUCAGAGAAGAAAUAUUUAUCAGGGCAUGGGAGUGAAAGUCAGAUCAGAUGCCUACUCCAGGACAUGCUAACUGAAAAAUCUGAAUUGGAGGCAAUUCUCGAGGAAGCUGAGUUGGUGACCUAUUCUAUGGAAUUACUUUUACCAGUAUUUAAGGAUACCAUUGAAGAAAUUACUUUUGAAAAUGCUACUCUCUCUGCGUCCAACUUGAAGAUUUCCCAACAGAAGGAAAUAUUAACAAAAGAAUUAGAUACUUUCACGCGAGUAAAACAAGCUUUAGAACAUCAUCUUAGGACAGAAUACCAACAAAGAGGGAAUGGCUUAUCUGGCAUGUUAGAAGAGCUAACUGCUAAUGAAAAUGAAAAUACUAAUCUUCAGAAGAAGAUACUUGAAAAGGAGAGCUAUAUACAAGAACUUUAUUCUUUGUUUCAGGAUGAAAAGGCAAAUGCUUUGAAAAUAAACCGUUUCUCACAUUCUGUAAAAGUAGUACAUGAACGACUACAGCACCAAAUUCAUAAAAGAGAAGCAGAUAAUGAUAAAUUGAAAGAACACAUAAAGACUUUAGAAACCAAGAUAGCUGACUGGAACUUGCAGCUGAAAAGGAACAAGCAUGAGACUGUAGCAAUGAAAUUAUCUAGUAAAAAAAAAGCUAUAGUUCUAAAAAAAGCAUCUAAAGCAUACAAACAGAAACUUGAAUAUCUUACCAGAAACAUGGAAAAGCUAAAUUCCCAAAUUAGAAACCAAGAAGCCAAGUUGUCUGAAACAAUUUCAGCUUCCAAUACCUGGAAAAGUCGUUAUGAGAAAAUUGUAAUAGAAAAAACUGAAUUGGAAGUUCAUAUUGAAACAAUGAAAAAGCAAAUCACUAAUCUUUUGGAAGACAUGAAGAAAAUCGAAGACCACGGGAAAAAUUCAUGUGAAGAAAUUUGUAGAAAACUUAACUCAAUUGAACAUGAAAAUGAAACUCUAAAUCUUGAGAACACAAAGUUACAGACUAUACUUGCUACUUUGAAGGAUAAAGUUACUUCUGUUGAAAAUGAACUCUUAGAACUGCAAGAAGUAGAAAAACAACAGAAGAUUCUUGUUGAAGAGUAUAAAACUCAGAUACAAAAGUUGCAAGAAGCAGCAGGAAUGGUCAAAAGUAGAUGUGAAAAAUUGUUACAUGAAAAAAAACAAAUAACUAAAAGGAAAACUAAAAAGUUGGAGAAAAUGAGAGGCCAGAUGGAGACUCAUGUGAAGGAGUUAGAGCGUGUUUACACGUCCCUGACUGCAACUGAACAGAAGCAUCAGAAGUGUCAGGAGAGUCUGCAGCAGUUCCAGGGGAGAUGUGCAGCCCAAGCAUACACCGUUAGGGAGCUGCAGGGCCAGGUAAAUGAAAAUCAAAAACUUUUGACAAAGCUUUCUCUGGAAGAAGAAAAUUAUCUUAUUCAGUUGAAGUGUGAAAACCUUAAAAAAAAAUUAGAGCAAAUGGAUGAAGAAAAUAAGAAGCUUGAAGAAAAGCUAGCAAACCAAGAAGAGUGUCUUAAGCAUAGCAAUCUCAAGUUUAAAGAGAAAUCUGCAGAGUACACAGCAUUGGCCAGACAGCUGGAAGCUGCUUUAGAAGAAGGAAGACAAAAGGUAUCUGAAGAAAGAGAGAGAAUGUCUUCCAGAGAGAAGGCUUUGCAAGUUAAAAUAUUAGAUCUGGAGACUGAGCUUAGAAAGAAAAAUGAAGAGCAAAAUCAACUUGUCUACAGCAUGAAUAGUAAAGUACAACAUCAGGAAGUAUGUUUGAAAGAAAUACAACAUAGUCUUGAAAAGUCGGAGAAUCAAAAUGAAAGCAUUAAGAAUUAUUUACAGUUUCUUAAAACUUCCUAUGUAACAAUGUUUGGAUAAAUUGUUAAACUUAUUUUAUAAAAAAAUAAGAUUUUACAAUUUGUCUAAAAAAUGUGUAGGUAAAACAAAUAAAAGUAUUACCUAUUAUACUUUAUCAUUUGGAGAUGGUAGUACUAAUAUUUGUAUGUAAGAAUAUUUGAAACAUAAACU